UCUCGAACACGCUGUGUAUUGUUGCUUCAAAAGGAGUUUGCUAAAGCUGAAACCAUGAAGGCUCUGGUCUGCGUUCUUGUCCUGAUGCUCGUGUGCAGCACUACUGUGCACUCCCUCCAGUGCUUCACCUGUGUGGGCGACGACUGCAAGGUCAGAACCGAAUGCCCCCCGUCUGCCAACUUCUGCAAGACCGAGGCCACCGCACAUUCUUUGUCUCGCACAUGUGAGGAGUCCUGCACACCUGGGGAGAACAUCCACUGCUGCGAUCAUGACUUGUGCGGCUGAACGUCUCUCUGUCCAGUCUACAAAUAGCCUUGUUAUGCAUGAAGAAGAGUUAUUGAUCGGUACAUUUAAAAUGUAAACACUAAUCAGUAUAUAGAGAAAAUGUAAUAAGUAUGGGCACUUACAAAAUUCAAUAAAAA